UAUGCGUGUACAGUGCAGAGUAAACGAUUUCAGUUUUUAUGAUAAAAACAUUCGCACGAUGUAGGCUUACCUAAUGCUUCGUUUGCAUCAAUGCGUUACUUGUAUAGUUAGUGUUACUUAGUACCUGUCAAAAAAUUGUGACAGAAUGGAACGUAUUCGUGUUUUUUAAGAUUGUCACACCGAUUACAGUUGAUAAACUACCCUUUUAUCAGUAAUACCAUUAUGUCGGGAAUAAAGACUCUUGUUGAUGUUAGGCUGAUACUAAUAAAGAUGAUGAUUUAAAGAGGCAAGGCUCGUUUAGGAAACUAUUACCUUUGAAUACUAAUGGAGAUUCUCAACUGAGUAUGUCAGUAAAAAUGAUCGACAGGCCAACUGUUUCGCAAACCAAUAAGGAAUAUGCGCUUUACUUGCAAGAAUAUAAUAUUUUAUCCGAAUACAACAUGUUAUGUUCUCAAGACCUAAAAGGCAUUUAUGUUAUACCGUCUGCACAAAAUUCUAUGUUGUGGUUCGGCGUGCAAUUUGUUCGACAAGGAAUCUAUCAAGGGGGUAUCUUCAGAUUUACUAUUACAUUACCGCAAGGUUUCCCGGAUGCAGGGUGUCCAAAAGUCAUGUUUCAAACGUCUGUUUUUCAUCCUUUGAUCGAUCCCGAGUCUGGAGAGCUGUGCACAUCAUGGGGAUUCCCAGAAUGGAGGAAAAGCAAUAGAAUUUGGCAAUUGAUACAAUUUAUAACAAAAGUAUUCGCUAAAGUAGAUAUUAAAAUGAAUUCUAUAAACCAAGAGGCAUCCAUGUUAUUAGAAAACAAUUUCGAAGAAUUUCGAAAUCGCGUGAAAAAAUGUGUGAGAGACAGCUUAAACAAUGUUUAUAAUCCACCUACCAUGGACGAUCCCCAUUACAUAGCUUUUGGCCCAUAUAUUAGCGAGCUUCAUGAUUCCAUUAAACGCGAAAUUUAUGAACCCAAGGAGGAAGAAGAAAACAAAGCUUUGGGUUUAUCUUGGGUACAACCAGGCUCUGUACAACCAUUUUCAAAGCCAGAAGCGAGAUAGUAAGGAUCUGUAAUACAUAAAAUUGCAAUAACGAAACUUCAUACGUCCCUACGAGAUAAAGGGACUGUACAUUUUACCGAUGCAGGGGAUAAAUUUACUGUAUUUUUUUAUUAGCCGAAAAGGACAAAUUUUACAUUACUUCCAGUUACCGUGAUCUUAAAGUUAUGUGUAGGGAAAUGUUGCAAUAACUGGAGUCUUUGGAAAUGUUCCAGAACCACCUAUAAUACUCUUAUAUUUAAUUAAUUUAAAAAUAUAUACAUUAAUUAAUUAGUUCUUAUAU